AGUGUGUGUGAGGAACGAGAGAGAGAGAGAGAGAAAGUAGAUGUGUGCAGACAACCUGCUUGCGCGUAAUUCUGGGAGGAGGAGGAGGACUCUCCGCCGAGCAACGACACAAUAAACACGGAACCGCGAGAGUUUCCCCGGGUGGAGUAACAAUAAGCACUUAAACCCUCCAGCCAGGAGUCCAUCAUCAAUCUGCAGACAUGUAUCUGAACAGGGAGGAGGAGUACAGCAAAGGCUCCUUCUCUUUGAGCGUGCUGCUGGUGUCGUUGGCGGUGACCGUGUGUGGCGUUUGGCUGGUUGCGCUCUGCGGUGUGUGUAAAUGGUGUCAACGCAAGCUGGGGAAGAGGAAUAAACCCGGAGUGGAGUCCGUCGGGUCUCCCGAUUCAGGAAGAGGAAGAGGAGAGAAAAAAGCCAUCAAUGAUUUAGACAGAGACUUUUGGAAUAACAAUGACAGCAGUUCAGUGCAGCAGCGCUGGAGCUCAUACCCGCCCAAGGAGUUUGUACUAAACAUUUCUCCUUAUGCCCCUUACGGAGAUCCACGCCUCUCACUCAAUGGGGCGGUGCCCGGGGGCCAGCGGGGGUCCGUGGGGGGGGUGUUUGGGGACGGAGGGGGGCCGUCCCGCAGUGACAGCGUGAGGAACAUGAUGACGGGGGGCAUUAAAGCCGGCAGGUGGCAGACGGUGCAAAGCCGCCUGCAGUCAGGAGACUUCAAGAACGGCAAACACAUCCUCAGAGACGAGCCAGGCAGAACUAGCCCAACUCUGAGCCAACAGGCUCCGCAGACGAUAGCCGAGAGGAUGGCAGCGAUGAGAUGGGAUGAGACGGCGAGAGGAGAAUCCGCUGUAUCCACACAGAGAGCAAAAUGA